CUAUAUAGGUUUAGCCCAGUAUAUCAUAUGGAAAGCCUUAAUAUUGUACAGUCUGUUAACUAGGCAACCAGUUGAAUCUAAAAACUAAGAAAUAUAUCGUUAACGUACAGAAAACUGCACGGUGGUAUGUUUGACGCUGUACGCUGAUACGAUGGUUAGACGUGAGGACACGUGAUAUAAACAGGUACAAGGGCGACAUCACAAACAAUUGAUAUGUAUUCCUGAGCCUCAGCCAGUUAUACGCUGUAUUAAUCAAGGUCAAAUAGCCGGUAGAUGAAAUAAUGAUCUGAAAGUCAGUGUGAACAGUAUGGCCUACAUGUACUUAUAAGAACAGCCUACUACGAAGCAGUAGAUAAAGAAUACUUUACAUGGUGAAUGAAAUACUUGAUGGGGCAUUCGAAGGAUAAAUACGAUAUGCUGUAUUUAGAUUUUCUGAGAACUACCAUAGAUAAAGAACUAAACAACUGAACUAAACAUUCAACUUAACGUUUAGAUUCUAGUUGUUCAACAAGUCCUAUCUAAGUACGAUGACACAGCGAUGGCAUCAUAUAUGAAAGACAAGGCAGGAACUUUGAAGAGGAUCGAGAAUUUUAUACACGAUAAGCAUGGCUUUUAUGACUGCUGCAACCUGAGAGGAAGGUUACACCCCAAGAGAGUGCCGGUGAUAAUACGUCAUCAUGCAGCCGUUGGAAGAGUGACGUACGAUGAAGCCAUCGCUGGGCAAUACAAACCUGCCAGUGUAGGCGAUAUUUUUGGCCCAACUUGGUCUACUCAUUGGUUUAAACUUGAUAUUACUAUUCCAAAGGACUGGGAGGGGAAGGAGAUUUGGUUGCUAUGGAACAGUCAAAGCGAGGCUAUGGUUUGGAAAGAUGGCAAGCCAAUCCAGGGUCUUUCAGCAUGUCCAGAUGAUUACUUACGGACGGAUUUUAUCCUUACGAGAAGUGCUGCGAAAAAUGAAUUCAAACAAACUCUGUACAUAGAAAUGGCCUGCAAUGGUCUAUUUGGUGCUGGAUUGCGGCACAUUAUACGACCUCCCGAUCUUCACAAAAAGUUUGCGCUGACACAAGCAGAAAUAGCUAUCGUAGAUCCGAUGGUUUAUGACCUGCUUGUUGAUAUGGAAGUCAUGCUUGGAUUGGCAAAGCACCUCCCAGAGCAGAGCCACCGGGCCUACGAAGCGAUGUUAGCGGCAAAUGAAAUGAUCAACAUAAUCGAAAUUGGUGAACCUAAAACUUAUGAAAGAGCAAAAGAGAAAGGAGCAUCUUUCUUUGCAAAAGGAAAUGGUGAUAGUCAAAUAACCAUCCAUGCCGUUGGCCAUAGUCACAUAGACAGUGCUUGGUUGUGGUCCUAUGCAGAAACAAAAAGGAAAUGCGCAAGAAGUUGGAGUUCAUCAUUGCUCAUGAUGAAAGACUAUCCUGACUUCACUUUUGCCUGUUCACAGGCCCAGCAGUAUCAAUGGAUGAAGGAAGACUACCCUUCGAUAUAUGAUGACAUCAAGACAUAUGUAGCAAGGGGUCAGUUUAUCCCUGUUGGCGGUACAUGGGUCGAAAUGGAUGGGAAUCUUCCUUCGGGGGAAAGUUUUGUGAGACAGUUCCUUUACGGACAAAGGUAUUUUCGUCAGGAAUUCGACGUCACUUGUCGCGAGUUCUGGUUGCCCGACACGUUCGGAUACGCACCCCAACUCCCGCAGAUCAUGAGCCAAUCAGGGAUCAGCAGAUUUAUUACGCAGAAAAUGUCAUGGAACAAGAACAAGUUUCCGCAUCAUACAUUCCACUGGGAAGGUCUAGACGGUACAAAAGUCCUAACCCACUUUCCCCCAGGAGACAACUAUGGCAUGAAAGGAGACGUCGAUGAAGUAAUGAAAACACUUAAUAACUGUGAAGACAAGGGCAGAAUCGACAAUCUAUUGUUUCUUUACGGCUAUGGAGAUGGGGGAGGUGGACCAAACCCACACAUGGUGGAAAAGCUGAAAAGAAUGCAUAACACUGAUGGUUGUCCAAGGGUGAAGUUCUCAUCGCCAGAUGCAAUGAUGUCUCUCAUAGAGGAACACGAAUCACCCAAAUUAUGUAAAUGGGUUGGAGAACUGUAUUUUGAGACACACCAGGGUACCUAUACAACACAGUCUCAGAUUAAACGUGAAAACAGGAAGGGUGAGGUCCUUUUCCAUAACCUCGAGUUUAUUUCCACGUUGGCACUUCGCACACAGUCAUCAUCCUCGCUGAAAUCGAACGCCUACGUAUAUCCUGCUGACGAUAUAGAACGUAUGUGGAAGCUAUUCUUGUUAAACCAGUUUCACGAUGUCCUUCCGGGGAGUUCGAUAAACGAGGUAAACAAUGAUGCAAUCGUUUACUAUAAAGAAAUCCAGGAAAAGGGACAAGCUUUGCUGAAUGGGGCAAUCAGUGCUGUUUUUCAGGAUGGCAAAGGACCGCUUGUUAACAUAGCCCUAAAUGGACUUGGAUGGUCGAGAACGGAAGUUGUGGAGGUUGGCAGAAGUGACGAACCUAAAACCCCAAAGCAGAAGAGGAAAAAGAUGAAAACGGAAGUUCCACAGACUGGUAGAAAAUUGGCAUUGGUGACUGUCCCUGCAUACGGAGCUGCCAAGGUAGAUGAAGAAACUGGGACAGAUGUAAAAGAAGACAUUGCCUGUAAUGCAACUGUUGAUAAACAAACCGAAAGUAUUGUGUUGCAAAAUCGUCUCAUUGAAGCCACCGUCGAUAAGAUUGGCAAGGUAGUCUCUCUGAAGAUGAAAUCAAAUGGAAGGGAAUGCAUUGAUGGCGGGUGUGGAAACCAGUUUGUUCUUUACACAGAUAGGCCUGCUUCAUAUGAUGCAUGGAAUGUUGAGCACUAUCAUCUCGAAACAAGGAAAGAGGUAUUUGAAGUGAUUGAAGCUGCAAGAAUUGUGGAGAAGAGUCGCCUUAGAGUCGAGAUAAAGGUGAAUUUGAAGAUAAGCGACAGCAGCAAUAUCAUACAGAACAUCGUGCUUGAUGCUGAAAGCCCAUACUUGAGGUUUAAUACUGAGGUUGCCUGGCACGAAGAUCACAAGUUCUUAAAGGUUGAAUUCCCAGUGAAUUGUCGCAGUGACGUAGCAACGUAUGACACUCAAUACGGCUUUGUUAGACGCCCUACUCAUGCAAAUACAUCCUGGGAUUGGUUCAAGUUUGAGGUUUGCACUCACAAAUGGGCGGACUUAUCAGAAUACAACUUUGGUGUAGCAAUACUGAACGACUGCAAAUAUGGAUUCCAAACCAGCGAGAAUGUGAUGCGGCUAUCUUUGUUGAAAUCGCCGAAAGCCCCCGAUGAGGUCGCUGACAUGGGCAAUCACACAUUCACGUAUGCAAUUCUACCACACGAGAACACAUUCCAAGAUGCCGGCGUGAUCCGCAAUGCAGCAAACCUGAACAACCCUCUCAUUGUUAAACCAAUCAAUGGUGUUAAAGAGAGUUUACUUAACGUGCCAUUCUUUCAAGUUGACACAGAUAGCAUCAUUAUUGAUACAAUAAAAAAGAGUGAAGAUUCUGAUAAUGCUAUUAUUAUUCGAGCAUACGAAUCAUUUGGAGGAACUUGUGUUGCGACUAUUACGACGUCGCUUCGUUUCUCCUGCGUCCACAGCUGCAAUAUGCUAGAAGACGUAGAUCCAGAAGAAAUACGAACGCCAAACAAAACAAGCAUUGCUGUUGAUUAUAAACCUUUCCAAGUUAAAACUUUCAAAGUGAAAUUCUAAAAUAACAACGACAAACACUUCAAAGUGAUGAAAAGCCUUAGAAAACACAGGACGUGAUAGACACCCCAUUCAAAAAGUCUGAGAUUCAAAUAAGAUGUUUUGUAUUAAUUUGGACAACAUUUUAGAAACGAUGUAAGUAGUCAAGGAAACACCUUGGGAAAAGGAGCAAGGGACACUCGGUAGUCGAUGUUUACCAUUUGAAAUCUGACUUUAUUUCAUAAUUAUAAAAAGGACAAACAGUUUCUUAUUUUAAUGAAUGUGGAUUGUAUGCAAAUCUUAUUAUGUCAUAUUUUUUUAAUUUAUUUGAGGUAGUUUCAAGAUAAACUAGUUUCCCAAGAAUAGAAGCCAAACACAUGUCAAGGAUGAAUAAAGCAAUACUUGAACGUAAUAUAUGAAUGUAAAUUAUUGUAAAGUCAAAUGAAAUUUUAAUUUCAAGAAUACUUAGUCAUUCAAUGUGUUAUGGCCCUAUAAACGUAUGGGAAACUGACGAUCAUGGUCGGACAUUAUUAUACGCCUUCUCCCCCAUUCAGCAAAGCUCAUUUGUACUUGACCCACCAUAAGUCAUUGUCAGGUCAAAGUCUGGCCAGCAUUAUUUUCCAACCACUCCAACGUCAGUCAUUGAAAAGGACAAAGGGGUGUCUCCAUUAUACACCGUCAAUUACUGAAAUGUCAAAAUGUUGUUUAUAUGAUCCCAGCCUUCAAAUCAUUAGCCAUUGAAAGGUCAUCGUAUGGCCUCUAUUAUAUUUCAACCUUACCAUUAUGAAGCCACUGAAAGG